AUGUCUGAUUUUGCUGAGCAGAGAAGUGCCAUUAAAUUUUGUUUGCGGAAUGAAAUUUCGGCUGCGGAACCGUUCAGAAUGUUGCAGAAGGCCUUCGACUUCAAAGAAGGCAGAGAACGUGUUGAUGACUUGGAACGCCCCGGACGACCAUCAACGUCAACUGAUGAGCAACACGUCAAGAAAAUCAAGGAAUUAGUGCUCGAAAAUCGUCGAUUGACAAUUAGAGACCUUGUCGAUAUGGUUGGCAUUUCAAUUGGAUCAGUUCAACAAAUUUUGAAUCGUCAUUUGGGCCUUAGAAAAGUCAAAUCUCGUUUGGUGCCAAAAACACUCAAUUUCUUCGAAAAAGAGCGUCGCGUUAAAGUUUGUGAAAAGAUGAUUUCUGACUAUCAGGACGUCUACGAACGCAUUAUUACAGGAGAUGAGACCCAAGAAAACUGUCAGCAUAACCUUGAUUUUUGA